GGGCUGCAUGUGGGGGAGGGGCUGUGACCACAGCCUCCUCUCCUUGUUCUUUCUCAACCUUCACAAGCCCUUUGUGACUCUCCCGUGCUCUGUGAUGUAGGCCUGGGACUUUGGUGGAGCCUGCACACUCUCAGAACUCAGUUGCCUCAGGGAGCCAUGCAGUUCCGACAAUGGAGCAGGUUCUCUUGUUUCUAAAGAGCCACGCUGAGCCCUGGCAAAGCUUCAGCUCCGUGUACUUAGAUACUGUCCCCAGCUGCAUCUUUCUGAUUGUGGUGGGGCUGCUGCUUCUCUACCUUUGCUACCUGCUGUUACCAACCAAGCAUCCGGGUAGAGCCAAGAGGAGGCAGAAAGGUGGAACAUUCAGAGGUUGGAGAUCUCAUAGGAGAAAAACAGAGGAGACAAGGAAGCUGCUUUCCAUUCUUAAAAGUCCCCUGGGCCACCACCAUGACAGCACACCCUUCCGUCACAUGUUGUGUCCAGAGCCCUCCUGUGAGGUGUGUAAUAGAACAACAGCAGAGAUCCAGCAGCUGCUGUCCCAGGGGUCCCUGCAACAUGCUGCACUCUCUCAGUAUUUUUCACCAUCCUCUGAUUCUAUGAUCGAGUCCUCAGUAAGUCUCACCUCUGACCUCUUGGCAAUAGCUCCAGGAGACCCAAUACCACCCCCUGUGCCUGAGCCUUCUCCAUCUCCCUGUUCAACUCUCUCAACUAACCUGGAUACUUCCUUUGAAGACUUAAUUUCCCCCUCAAAUUUGCCCCCAAAGCCUACUCCUGGCUUGGAUUUCUCAUUCCCAGGGGGACAUUUUCCAACACAACCGCUUCGCAUUCUUCCUCCUCCACCUUGUCCAGGCCAGGGAACAGAUCCUGUUCUCCAAGGAGAAGUCACAGUGACUCUGGGGGACAGCGUUUGUGGGUUGCCCACCCAUGAGCCAAAAACCAAAGCCACUCAAUCUCCUGACAUGGCAACAUCAGAAAUCUGGCCUCAAGGUCGUACCAAGCACUUACCCAUCUCAAACUGGGCACAAGGAGAUGCCAAGCAGAAUAUUCUUGCCCUCAGUUCAUCCAAGGCACCCAUUGGGGUUGACCGUGAAGCCAGCCUUCUAGGUAAUCUCUUAUUUCUCAGUCCAGAUGCCCUGGCACUCCUAGAGAGACAAGUCAGAAAGAGGGGUGACUUUCUGAUACACAGGGAAAGGGAAAAGACAGCAGGACCUUUUCCAAAACAACACAGGCCAGAUGUCCCACUUCAUUCUCCAGGGAAAAUGCUAGAGUCAGUUUCUGUCAAGCAUGACUCAGCAGUGUCCCUUCCUCAUUGGAGCAGCAAAGGCAAACCACAGGAGAUGCACUUGGAUCAGCAGUCCCUGUAUUCUAAGACCUUUGAGGACCAUCUUCAGAAAAAAUGUAUCCAGCUUCCCUGGGAUCGCCCAGCUCUGAACCAUGACUUCCUUUACCCUGCUGGCCUUGUCUCAGGUCGUUGUUCAUCAACCCUUGUCGUCUUCAGUAGUGUGUAUGAUACCUCCACAGCACAGGAACCCCCAGCGGUUCCUGAUCCCCAGGCCCAGGAAUCCCCAGAACUGCCUGAUCCCCAGGCCCAGGAUUCCCCAGAACUGCCUGAUCCCCAGACCCAGGAAUCCCCAGAACUGCCUGAUCCCCAGGCCCAGGAUUCCCCAGAACUGCCUGAUCCCCAGGCCCAGGAUUCCCCAGUGGUUCCUGAUCCCCAGGCCCAGGAAUCCCCAGAACUGCCUGAUCCCCAGGCCCAGAAUUCCCCAGAUCGUCCUGAUCCCCAGGCCCAGGAAUCCUCAACAGUUCCUGAUCCCCAAGCCCAGGAAUCCCCAGAGCUUCCUGAUCCCCAACCUCUGUUGGAGCCUGAAAUCCAAAGUCAACCCUUGCCUCAAGAUAUGCGCCAACCUCAGUCUCAAGUUCCCACUGAGAAUCAACCUCAAUCCUCUGUCCCAAUCUUGCCACCUUAUUCUCUACCUCAGAUUAGCACCAGUGGAGUGGGUCUCCAUGAACUCUUGAAUGAGGCAGAGGCUCUCCUGCCUUCUGAAACUCAACACUUGGAACAUCACUUGCUGAAGAAAAAGCAGGAAAAUUUGUGGGGUUUACCCUCUGUUGUCUGUAAAUCUCAGAAAGACUUUUGUCCUCCAACUCCCAACCUUUCAUUGGUGAGCCAGUCCUCCAAGCCUCACAUUUCAAUUUCCAUCCUUCCUGGAGAUUUUGUCCUAAACAGUGAGCUUCGGGAGAAACUAGAGCACCACCUUCUAAAGAGGCUUAUCCAAAAUCGGUGGGGCCUGCCUUGUAAGGUCCUUGAGUCUUUGUUCUUGAUUAACCCUCAGAGAGAUGGUUCUGAUACAUCUGAGUCAAAGAGCAAUCAGGAUCUCUCAGGGGUUUGUUUAUUUAAAGGUCAGAUCAGUAAGGAUGUAGUGGAUUUGGGCUUGAGCCAACCUGGAAGCUUCUAUAAGAGGACCUUGGAAAUUCUUCCUCUAGAAGAUGUGAGGAAGUCCCGGAGACCUACUCAGGAGAGCGGUUUAAGUGAUCACUUGAUGAGUGACUCAAGGAAGUCCUCAGAUAUGGAUCUAUGGUCUGAUUCUGAGGAAGACCUGGAAUGUCAAGUGUUGAAUUUGUCAGGAAAUAAUUCAAGGGCCUCCUGUAUGAGCCUAAAUGAGAAACAACUUGAAAAUGAUCUGAAAGCAAAUUUGAGCAAGAAAGGGAAGGAAAUAAAGGAGAGUCCAAUCCGUAGGACUCUUCCUGGUUCACAGCAUUCUAUCAAGAAGACAUUGCCUCUUUCUGAGAAAUCCUGUAGACGAGGGAAACAAAAAGAUUCGGUCCCAUUGGUUAGUAGAACCAGCAAUGUCAAUACCUCCAAUGAAAUUUCUUUCCUUUGUUCCAGCAACAAAAAGAUGUUGGAAUACCAUAUCAAAAGUUUUCGUCUGAGGAUGAUAUGGGGCCUUCCGAAAAAGGUCCUUGAUUCCAUUGAAGUCUUUAAAAUGAAAGAGGAGCUAGCGCAGUGCACUGACCACUAUAACUUUCCCUCCUCAGCCAAUCUUAUAUCAGAAGUGGAUUCCCAACUUAGUGUCUCCCAGUCCUUUACAGACUCCAUAUCUUUGCUUGAAGACAAGGUGGGAACAAGAAUCUGUGAUUCCGAUUUGGAUCAUCAGUUCCCUGCCACCACAGCUGUGCACAAGCCCUGUAGAGGAAGCUCUAUAUCUUUGCAUGGAAACAAGGUGGGAACAAGAGUCUCUGAUUCCAGUCUGGAUAGGUCUUUCCCCACCACCUCACCUGUGUGCAAGCCUUAUAGAGGAAGCUCUAUAUCUUUGCAUGGAGGCAAAGUGGGAACAAGAGUCUCUGAUUCCAGUCUGGAUUGUCCAUUUCCUGCCACCUCACCUGUGUGCAAGCCUAGUAGAAAAAACUCUGUAGCUUUGCAUGGACACAAACUGGGAAGAAGAGUCUCUGUCUCUAGUCUGGAUCAUUCUUCCCCUGCCACUUCACCUGUGAGAGAGCCCUUUAGAGGAAGCUCCAUAUCACUGCAUGGAGACAAGGUAGGAACAAGAGUCUGUGUUUCUGAUCGGGAUCAUCCAUUCCCUGCCAUCUCAACUGUGUGCAAGCCCAAUAGUAAAAGCUCGGUAGUGUUGCAAGGACACAAAGUGGGAAGGAGAGUCUCUCUCUCCAAUCUGGAUCAUCCUUUCCCUGUAACUUCACCUGUGUGCAAACCCUGUAGGGGAAACUCUGUAGCUUUUCUUGGAGACAAGAUAGGAAGAAGAAUCUCUGUUCCUGGACUAGAUCAUACGUCCCCUGCCACCUCACCUGUGUGCAAACCCCACAGAGCAAACUCCAUAGCUUUUCUUGGAGACAGGACGGGAAGAAGAGUCUCUGAUCCCAGACUGGAUCGUCCUUCCCCUCCCACGUCACAUGUGUGCAGGCCCCAUAGAGCAAACUCCGUAGCUUUGCUUGGAGACAGGACGGGAAGAAGAGUCACAGAUUCCAGACUGGAUCGCUCUUCCCCUCCCACAUCACCUGUGUGCAGGCCCCUUAGAGGAAGCCCCAUAUUUUUGCAUGGAGACAAGGUGGGAAUACGGAUCUCUGUUUCUGAUCCAGAUCGUCCUUCUCGUGCUCCCUCACCUGUGAAUGAGCCCUAUAGCGUGAGCUGUAUAUCUCUGCAUGGAGACAAAGUGAGAACGAGAGUCUCUGAUUCCAGUCUAUGUCGUCCUGCUGCCACCUCACUUGAGUCUGUGCCCUGCAGAGGAAGCUCCAUAUCUUUGCAUGGAGGAGAGAUGGGAAGAAGAAUCUCUUCCUCCAGUCUGGAUCAUCAUUUUCCUGUCACUUCACCUGUAUCCCAGCCCUACAGAGGAAGCUGCAUAUCUUUGCAUGGAGACAAGCUGGGAAUAAAAAUCUCCUUUUCUGAUCUGGACCAUCCCUUUCCUCUCACCUCACACAUGUACAAGCCCUAUAGAGGAAGCUCUAUAGCUUUGCAUGGAGACAAGGUGGGAACAAGAGUCUCUGAUUCCAGUCUGGAUCGUCCUUCCCCUGCCACCUCACCUGUGUGCAUGCCCUGUAGAGGAAGCUCCAUAUCUUUUCAUGGAGACAAAGUGGGAAUAAGGAUCUCUGCUCCUGGACUGGAUCAUGAUUUCCCUGCCACCUCACCUGUGUGUAAGCCCUAUAGAGGAAGCUCUAUGUCUUUUCUUGGAAACAUGAUAGGGAAAAGAAUGUCAGUUUCCAAUGUGGAUCAUCAUUUCCCUGCCACCUCAACUGUGUGCAGAUGUUACAGAGGAAGCUCAAUAUCUUUGCAUGGAGACAAGGUGGGGACAAGAAUCUCUAACCCUGAUCCAGAUGAUCUUUUCCCUGUCACCUCACCUGUAUGCAGGCCCUAUAGAGGAAGCUCAAUAUCUUUGCAUGGAGACAAGGUGGGGACAAGAAUCUCUAACCCUGAUCCAGAUGGUCUUUUCCCUGUCACCUCACCUGUAUGCAGGUCCUAUAGAGGAAGCUCAAUAUCUUUGCAUGGAGACAAGGUGGGGACAAGACUUUCUAUGCCUGGUCUGGAUCGUCCCUUCCCUCCCCCUUCACCUGUAUGCAAGCCCUAUAGAGGAAGCUCUAUAUCUUUGCAUGGAGACAAGGUGGGGACAAGACUUUCUAUGCCUGGUCUGGAUCGUCCCUUCCCUCCCCCUUCACCUGUAUGCAAGCCCUAUAGAGGAAGCUCUAUAUCUUUGCAUGGAGACAAGGUGGGGACAAGACUUUCCAUCCCUGGUCUGGAUCGUCCCUUUCCUUCCCCUUCACCUGUAUGCAAGCCCUGUAGAGGAACCGCGAAAUCUUUGCAAGGAGACAAGGUGGGGACAAGACUUUCUAUCCCUGGUCUGGAUCGUCCCUUUCCUUCCCCUUCACCUGUAUGCAAGCCCUAUAGAGGAAGCUCAAUAUCUUUGCAAGGAGACAAGGUGGGGACAAGACUUUCUAUCCCUGGUCUGGAUCGUCCCUUUCCUUCCCCUUCACCUGUAUGCAAGCCCUGUAGAGGAACUGCGAUAUCUUUGCAUGGAGACAAGGUGGGGACAAGACUUUCUGUCUCUGGUCUGGAUCGUCUCUUCCCUCACCCUUCACCUGUGAGCAAGCCCUGUAGAGGAGACUUUACAGCUUUGCAUGGAGACAAGGUGGGGGCAAGAAUCUGUGCCAUAAGUAUGGAUCAUCAUUCCUCUGUCACAUCACCUGUGUGCAAGAAAAGGCAGGGGGUCUUAAGGAAAACAUCCUGUGAUAUUACCUAUGAGCGAAUAGAUGACAUUCAGAGACUUAAUGAUUGCAGGAAGCACUUUCUGCCUUGCACAGAUGAUGCCAUAGACAAAGCAAGACAGAAACCACCUGCAUUAGCCAAUAGAUGCAGUCCAACGCUACCUAGAAGGCAAAUUAUGGCAGGGCCUGAACCAAGUGAUAAUACAGGAAUCUCAAGAAAUAGAACAGAAAGGCUUCAGGGAAAACACUUGAAAAACCUAGAACAUUUCCCCACAGAUAAGAAGUCCGUGGAGAUAUUCAGGGCAAGGGAACGCUGUGCUCUUCCAUCUCCAUGGAGUAAAACCUUCACAACCAAUGAGCCAAAAAGCUCCCCAGUGAUAGGAAUGACUUUGGGUGAAAAACGAACUAUGUUGACCUCUAAACAUCCUCCACCAAAAAUAUCUGAACCCAGAAAUUCUAAAUUAUCAGGCAUUAAUACUAAGUUGCUUUGUGAGUUAAAGUUAAACUUGGAUAACACAGAUGAUAGACAGACUCAUGACCAUUCCACUGAUCCGUCCCUUGCCUCAGGGAACUUAAAAUGUAGGCCUGCCUUGACUUACACCCGAGGCACCCACACUAGGCACACAGCAGAUUCUCAGGUGUGGCAUGUCCAUGGGGAAAAUACAGGGAUCAGCAGGGAGCAGAUGCAGGAGCCCUGUGUCCCUGUGUGUGUUUUAAGGAAGAACCAGGGUAAGAAUCUCCCAGCAGCUUCCAAGACAGUAAGCCCUCCAGAACCCAAACCAGAAGAGCUUGGUGGAGGAGAUGCAGGCUUAGGGCCAUCCCAGCCUAGAAGAAGGAUCCGUGCUGCUCAGGGUGGGACAUUAAAGGACACGCUUGAGAGCAAAUAUUCCCCAACCCAGCCACUGAAGGGGCAGCCCCCUGCUGAAAGCCAUUUCAGAAAACGGAUGAAGCACUUUCUGCAGUGGAUUUGGCCUAGCAGAAGAUGUGAAAGGCAAAAUCGUUUCCUGGAACAGGGACGUUCCCUGUCAUCUGAGCAGAGCAUGGGCCCAGGUAAAAAUCAAGCCACGUGCAUCGGGAACACUGAGGUUCAAUCAGUGAAGCCAGCUAGUGGGAAGGUUCCAGGGAAGAAGCUGGGGCAUGAUCACGGAACAGGUAAGACCUGCCACCAAGUGCCCCUUUCGACCCAGGUCAAGUUUAGCAAAACUCAGCGGCAGGCAGAAUUGCAGAUGGGGGCAGCACCUGUCCAGGGCCAUCCCUUCAAUCACAGGGUCACUUCCUGUAAAGGGACAAGUACCAAGUCCUGCCGCCAAGAAGCUGCAUUUGCUGGCCAGAGUUAUCCUGCAAGGAAUACACACAUGAAACACAGAGACAGAGAGCCCAAGAAAGUUGUGCCAUUCAGGGACCAGCUAUGGUGUCAGAGGUAUCCAGAGAGAGCCUGUGCCACAUCCAAACCCUGCUUGUAGGUGUCAGUUUGGCCAGAGGCCUUGGGCUGCCGUUGCCACUACUGGCGGCUCUUAAACAGAGAAUGCUUCUCCAGCUUUUGCAUGUAGCAAAAUUACUCUGCUAAAAUCAUUAAAUCCUUUUUGAAAAUACUGAUUCUUCCCAAUAAAUAUUCUCAAAUGAGAAUGCUAUCUUGUCUGUGUACUAUGUUGGAGGUGUGGGUUUGGUCAAGGAAGGGGUCAGAUAAGCUCUUACUGUUCACCUCUGUUAGUGUUUGAAAGGUGACCAGUCUCUCAGAGCUCCAUUGAGAAUGUAUGUUUAAGUGCCUUUCCAUCUCAAUGAAGUUUGAGGAGAUGAGCUCUGUUUCCUACCUCUUCGUUUAGCUUUAAUGACAUUGUAUGGAAGCCUGCACCUCUCUCCUCACUGACUAUUUCAAAUCCUUUAGUAUAGUAAACAAGAUAGGUUUUUCAUAUCCAAAAAGAUUGUCAAGGACUGAUGCAUUUUCUAGAAUAUAAUGGCUUAGUUAUUUUUGGGGAAUGUUUCCAGUGACCCCAGAGUCACAUCAUUGGGUGUCUCUUGAGUUGGGAGUGUCUGCAGAGUAUUGCUUGUGGGUACUGGGUUACUUGUUGUGAGGUCUAGGAUCAGGAUAGGUGAUUCUGUAAUGCAGGGCAUGAUAAUAUGUUGGGUAAACAUACUUUGUCCUUACCAUUGAGGUUUGGAAAAUCACCUUUUGUAAGUGAUCCCUCAUUUUGGGGAUUUUUUCAUGCUCUUGGGUUAAUUAAAUCUUUUUUCAGUACAAAAAGAUCACACGGCUGUCAGGGGUAGGAAUGUGCAUCAGGAGACACCCUCCUCCCAGGGCAAAAUAAAACGGCGUGUAAGGAAGAAAUGCCUUAGAUCACGUGGUAACUAAGGCAAAAGUGAAGAAGGGGAAGGAUGAUCUUGGGGGAAGAAGAAAGGCAUAUGCCUCAUACUUCUCACAUCAUGGCAUUUCCUGCUCACCCCUUCCCACCCUGAUCUUUUCAACCCAGGUACCAUUUCCCUGAUGCUGAGCAAGGCACUGCAGAGCUUACUAAAGUCACAUUGAAGAAGUGUACAUGGGACUGUUCCUUAAUCACUAACGCUUUAUCUGCAGGGAUUGUGUCAACCAUGGCACCCUCUCUUUUUAUUUUUUAUUUUUUUUGCCAGGCAGAGUUAGACAGUGAGAGAGAGAGAGAGACACAGAGAGAGAGUUAUAGACAGAGAGAGACAGAGAGAGAGGUUUUCCUUCCAUUGGUUUACUCCCCUAAUGGCUGCUACAGCAGGUGCUGUGCCGAUCCGAAGCCAGGAGCCAGAUGCUUCCUCCUAGUCUCCCAUGCAGGUGCAGGGGCCCAAGCACUUGGGCCAUCCUCCGCUGUCCUCCCGGGCCACAGCAGAGAGCUGGGCUGGAAGAGGAUCAACCGGGACUUGUACCUGGCACUCCGACUGGGACUGGAACCGAGGUCCCCAACCUCAGAGGAAUUACCCUUCAUCAAAUGUCCUAUUGAGUUUAAGUUAAAUUACUGACCCACCCCUGCCAGCUGUCCUUAGUUGCUACCUCCAUCUUUUCAUGGAUAACAAUGUUUGUUUUCUAAAAAGAAUUUCAGGGGGCUGGCACUUUGGCUUAGCAGGUAAAGCUGCCACCUGCAGUGUUGGCAUCCCACACGGGUGCCAGUUCAAUUCCUGGUUGUUCCACUUCCGAUCCAGCUUUCGCUAUGGUCUGGGAAAACAGUAGAAGGUGGCCCAAGUCCUUGGGCCCCUGCAGCAAUGUGGGAGACCUGGAAGAAGCUCCUGGCUCCUGGCUUUGGAUCAGU